AUUGUCUUCCAUCGCUCCAAUAGAUCUGAAUUUCCUUUUCGAGAAACAAACACAUUUCACAUUUUCAAGCGAGUUCCCUAAUGGCUCGUACCAAGCAGACUGCCCGGAAGUCGACGGGAGGGAAGGCGCCUCGGAAGCAACUGGCCACUAAGGCGGCCCGGAAGUCGGCUCCUGCGACCGGAGGAGUGAAGAAGCCACACAGGUUCAGGCCCGGGACGGUGGCUCUGAGAGAGAUCAGGAAGUACCAAAAGAGCACGGAGCUGCUGAUCAGGAAGCUACCGUUCCAGAGGCUGGUGAGAGAGAUCGCUCAGGACUUCAAGACCGACCUCCGCUUCCAGAGCAGCGCCGUCGCCGCUCUUCAGGAGGCUGCUGAGGCGUACCUCGUGGGGCUUUUCGAGGAUACCAAUCUCUGCGCUAUUCAUGCCAAGAGAGUCACCAUCAUGCCCAAGGAUAUCCAGCUUGCUCGCAGGAUUAGAGGCGAGAGGGCUUAGAGAAAUUUAUGUUGCAUUUUGGUUAGACAAACUGUAGUAGAUCUAGAUCUGGAACUUUCCUCUCUUCGUUCAGUUUAUUUUGUACAAUCCUGGAGAUCUAAUGGCCAAUUAGAUUGCCUUUUUUAUGCUCAGUGGCUCCUAAUUCUUCUCU